AUGUUAAAGAAACAAAAAGAGCAACAUAUUGCUGCAGCCAGACAAUUGGAGAACACGAAACUGCAAAUUGGAAUAAUGCAGGAGAAAAUUGAAGCUCUUAAACCGCAAGUUUCUGUGGCGUCUGGACAAGUACAAGAUAUAUUGGCGAAGGUUGAUAAAGAAACUUUAACUGCUACUGAAUUGGAACAAAGUGUGAUGAAACAACAAUCAGCAGUAAACAAAAAGCUGGAAGCAACACAACGUCUAAGACAAACUUGCGACAAAGAAUUGUCAACGGUUGUACCUGCAUUGGAAGAAGCUACUGGACUUUUAACUGCCAUGACCAAUCCCGAUAUAAUAUCAUUGAAAACCGUAAAAAAUCCUCCGAAAUGUGUUAAACUCGUAGCAGAAGCUUUAUGCCUACUUAAGGAGGUGAAGUCCGAAAAGAUCCAAAACCCAACAGGUCCAGGUUUGAUAGACGACUACUGGGCACCGUCCAAAAAAAUGUUUUCCGAUCCCAAAUUCCUAGAAACUCUUCUGCAAUUCGACAAAGACGAUAUGCCACAGAACAUUAUGAGCAAGCUGCAGGAAAAAAUUGAACACGAGGAAUUCGAUCCUGAAAAAGUUAAAGCUAUUUCUGUUGUUGGUGAAAGUUUCUGCAAAUGGAUCACUGCCCUGACAAAGUAUGAUGUAGUUGCCCAAAAAAUUGCUCCAACCAAACAAGAGCUUAUGAGUUGUGAAAGUGAAGACUUGGCGAAAUUGAUGAAAGAGUUGGAUAGUCAUCGAGAGCACCACACGGCUUUGAGUUCUGAGGCAGAACUUUGUCAGAAAAAAUUAGAACGUGCUGAAGAACUUCUAGAAGGCUAUGGUGACGACAAAGAUAAAAUGUUGCAACAAGCAUCUAAUUUGGACCAGAAAACCACAACACUUAUAGGUGACACUCUUCUAUCAUCAGCAUUCCUAGCAUACCUAGGUCCCCUGACCAAAGACUUAAGAUCCUCAAGUAUCCAACAAUGGUUAGAUAUCUGCACAAGUUUGAAUAUUCAAUGCAACAAAGAUUACACACUGCGUUCUGCAAUCGGUGAUGAAAUACUCAUCAGAUCUUGGUUGGCAUCCGGUUUGAAUUCUGAUGAAUUUGUGAUUGAAAAUGCUUUGAUUACCACAAAUUGUGAACGCUGGCCUUUGGCCGUGGAUCCACAAGGUGAGGCUAAUAAGUGGAUCAGGAACUUGGAAAAGGCUAGGCAUUUGAGUAUUGUCCGGCAGACUCAAGGGGAUUAUGUUAGGAUUCUGGAGAAUAGUAUACAGUUUGGACAACCGAUUUUGCUGGAAAAUUUGGGCAACGACUUGGAUCCUAUAUUAGAUCCUUUGCUGGGUAAACAAACAUUCAAACAAUCUGGUAGUCGGUGUCUUAAACUUGGAGAAACUUUAGUGGAUUAUAAUAAUGACUUUAAGUUAUAUUUAGCAACCGGUUUGAGUAAUCCACGUCUGGAUUUGUAUGUGAUGUCUAAAACUACAAUUAUCAACUUUACGAUGACGUACUGCGGUUUGGAAACAAAAAUCUUGGAUAUUGUUUUGGGAAUUGAUAAACCUGAUGAACAACUGGAGUGGGAGCAGUAUCAUAUACAACAGGCUGAUAAUAAAAAGAAUUUGUACGAUCUAGAACAACAAGCCCUGACAGUCUUGUCUUCCGAAGACAAUCUUAAACGAACUGGUAUCGAAACAUAA